UACGGUCAACGCGUUGCAGUCACUACACGUUCGCUGGUCUGACAACACGUCAAACAUGCUCCUGAUUUUGGGAAUUUUCUUCGCUUUACCAAGCUUCAGCUUUGUCAACUGUUUGUCAUGUCUGCGCUGCACAGACAUCCAGAGCCCUCGCCACUGUAAAUAUGUCACGAAUUGUCCAUUUGGGGAGGUUUGCCACGUUCACCAGAAAACUAACGACUUUGGGGAUGUGCUGUUUGACCUAGGAUGUACACGCGCAUCGGCGUGUUCAAACCGUUCUCAUAGCGACCACACGUGUGACGAAUGCUGCAAUAAAGACUUAUGUAAUUCAGCUGGAUGCGGACAACCCGGAUAUCCACAAAGUCGGGGUCCAAUAUGCUACAGUUGUUCAGCUCAAACCACCGAAGGAAACUGCCAUAAAAUUGACUUUUGUGGAAUCCACGAGGUAUGCAUGAUACACGACGAAAUCGAGUUUGGAGACACCGUGUACACAUCUCAAUGCGCUGUUUUGGCGUAUUGUGAAGAACACAAGGCGGAAAUUGCAGCAAUUAUCGGCAGGUCUGUCAUAGAUGAUACGAGGUCAAUCACAGAAACCACAUGCCACCAUUGUUGCGAUAAAGACCUGUGCAACAGUGAAUGCAGCAAUCAGGUGGGUCAUGUGGACUUGGUACACAAAACCACGUUCAAAGACUGCAAUGAGCUACAAAAAAUCACCAGCACCAGUGGUGUGUACAGUGUCAGACCAGAAGGGACUAACGAAGAUAUUGAAGUGUACUGUGACAUGACAACGGAUGGAGGGGGAUGGACGGUGUUUCAACGCCGUGUGAAUGGAUCUGUGGAUUUCUACCAAAACUUCUCUUCUUAUGAACACGGCUUUGGAAGCGUUCGUGGAGAAUUCUGGCUCGGUUUGAAGUACAUAUAUGCCAUGACAUCCAACGUGCAAUCAGAACUUCGGAUCGACUUGAUGGCUGCUAAUGGAACCAUGGCUUAUGAAGUGUUUUCUAACUUUAACUUGUCGGCAUCACCUAGUUACACGCUGCAUGCUGACAGUGGACAUGGAACUGCUGGCGACUCGCUACAAGACUCAAGAGGAAAUCCAUUUUCCACGCGUGACAAAGACAACUCUUUUGGCUGCGCUAAACAUGACCACGGAGGCUGGUGGUACGGGUAUUGUACUUAUGCUAAUCUAAAUGGACUCUACCAAACGCCUGGAACAGACGUUAUAAUCGAUUCAUAUGGCAUUUAUUACACCCGCUUUAUGAAAAAUGCACUGAAAGAAAUAACACUGAUGUUUAGGAGAAUAUAAUUGUGUAUAUACCGCAGUAUUGUAGAAAACGCAAUACACUGACGCUUGUCAGGCAAUUAUUGAAGCGUUACCUGUUUCCUAAUACUUAAAAAACACUAAGAUGUGUUUAAAUCUAGAAUAAGUAGAACCACAAAACAUAUGGUAAUAGGUAAUAAUUUGUGUAAAUCUGAGAAACAAAAUAAACGUUUAUAUGUU